AUGUGUUGCUCACGGUACCUCAAGACCAUCAUGUUCAUCUCCACUGGCACCAUAUUUGCGGUGGGUGCUGCCAUUUUAGGCGUGGGUAUCUGGGUGACGGUGGAUGCUGACUCUCUGCUGGACUUCCUGGACGCUCCUCCAGAGCUUGUUGGGUACCUGCUCAUCGGCCUGGGCCUCGUCCUCACCUUCAUAGGCUUCCUGGGCUGCUGUGGGGCAGUUAGGGAGAGCCGCUACAUGCUGCUCACCUUCUUCAUCAUCAUCCUCCUCAUCUUCAUCGCUGAGGUAGCUGGAGGCAUCUGGCUGCUGGUGUCCCGGGCGGGGGUGAAAAAGCUCUUGGAGGACAUUAAUGAGAAGGUGGUCGUCAGCUUAAAGGAGCAUUAUGGAGGCCCAGAUGAUGAAGCCUUCACCACCUCCUGGAACACCACCAUGGACACUCUGGAGUGCUGUGGCUACAACAACUACACUGACUUCUAUGGAUCCCCUCACGUCAAUAUGACUGACCUUUACCCAAUAGAGUGCUGCAAGGAAGGCACCUACUGUGACGUCGUCCGAGCAGCAGUAGAUGCCAACUCAGGCUGCUUACCGAAGCUGGAGACCCUGAUUAAGGACAAUGCCCUGAUGGGAGCGGUCGCCCUCGGAGUCUGUGGAUUUGAGAUUGCUGCCUUGGUGAUGUCCAUGGUGCUCUACACGAAAGUAGGACAGAGCGACUAG